AUGACUUGCAGUCUCCGGGAGCUUCCUGGACAGCACGGACACGGGGGAGCGGAGAUGGCCGGAGCCGCGCUGUCGCCGCUGUUUCUACUACUGCUGCUCGUAUCCUGGGCGCCCCGAGGCGAGGCAGCCCCCGCCCAGGACGAGAUCCAGUGCCUCCCGGGGUUGGCCAAGCAGCCGUCUUUCCGCCAGUUCUCCGGCCACCUCAGAGGUUCCGGCUCCAAGCACCUCCACUACUGGUUUGUGGAGUCCCAGAAGGAUCCCGAGAACAGUCCUGUAGUGCUUUGGCUCAACGGGGGUCCUGGCUGCAGCUCCCUAGAUGGGUUACUCACAGAGCACGGUCCCUUCCUGAUCCAGCCAGAUGGUGUCACCUUGGAGUACAAUCCCUAUUCUUGGAACCUGAUUGCCAACAUGCUGUACCUUGAGUCUCCAGCUGGGGUGGGCUUCUCCUACUCUGAUGACAAGUCUUAUGCGACCAAUGACACUGAGGUUGCCCUGAGCAAUUAUGAGGCCCUUAAAGAUUUCUUCCGCCUCUUUCCGGAGUACAAGAACAACAAAUUUUUCCUGACGGGAGAGAGCUAUGCUGGCAUCUACAUCCCCACCCUGGCUGUGUUGGUCAUGCAGGAUCCCAGCAUAAACCUUCAGGGGCUGGCCGUGGGCAAUGGACUCUCCUCCUAUGAGCAGAAUGACAACUCCUUGGUCUAUUUUGCCUACUACCACGGCCUUCUGGGGAACAGGCUCUGGUCUUCCCUCCAGACCCACUGCUGCUCUCAAAACAAGUGUAACUUCUAUGACAGCAAAGACCCGGAAUGCGUGACCAGUCUUCAGGAAGUGUCCCGCAUCGUGAGCAACUCCGGCCUCAACAUCUACAACCUCUAUGCCCCAUGUGCUGGGGGGGUGCCCGGCCAUUUAAGGUAUGAGGAGAACACACUUGUGGUCCAGGAUUUUGGCAACAUCUUCACUCGCCUGCCAAUCAAGAAAACAUGGCAUCUGGCACUACUGCUGCGUUCUGGGGACAGGGUGCGCAUGGACCCUCCCUGCACCAACACCACAGCUGCCUCCACCUACCUCAACAACCCUUAUGUGCGGAAGGCCCUCCACAUCCCCGAGCAGCUGCCCCACUGGGACAUGUGCAACUUCCUGGUGAAUAUACAGUACCGCCGUCUGUACCAAAACAUGAACUCCCAGUACCUGAAGCUGCUUGCCUCACAGAGAUACAAGAUCCUAAUAUACAAUGGAGAUGUGGACAUGGCCUGCAAUUUCAUGGGAGAUGAGUGGUUUGUGGAUUCCCUUAACCAGAAGAUGGAGGUGCAGCGCCGGCCCUGGCUAGUGAACUACGGGGAGAGCGGGGAGCAGAUCGCUGGCUUCGUGAAGGAGUUCUCCCACAUUGCCUUUCUCACUAUCAAGGGCGCCGGACACAUGGUCCCCACCGACAAGCCUGAAGCUGCUUUCACCAUGUUCUCCCGCUUCCUCAACAAGGAGCCAUACUGAUGAGGACAGGGACCAGCUCCCCACUUCCUGAUUGAGCACCUCUCCUCCUAGGAGGAAUGUCCUUCUUUAUAGAAAAUGCACCUGCGGGGCAGGUCCCUGCCCUCAGAACUGCCCCUCCACUUCCCACAGCCCCAUGCACCCCAGACUGGGCCUCAGUGCCUCACAGACAGCCUAUGGGCAAGUUAGCACUUUAUUCCCACAGCAGUCCCUGGCCCCUCGUUGCUUAAAGAAUGCCCUGGUGCACUGAUCCUAUCCCAGGAACCCAACAGAGCAGCUCAGGACAGCCCCUCAGGGUUGGGGGGAGUGGACAGACUAAUCGAUGGAUUGACUGAUAAUGGAAUUAAAUUGAGUACAGCUUCAAA